GCUAGCGCUAACCACAGCCUGCAACAGUUCUGGCUGAAUCUCAAGAGCCUCAACGGGGUCUUCCUGGACCCGCUGUUUCAAAGGCAGCGCCUUAGAUUAUCGAAAUAACCAAAAUUCUGCUCGUUUAUUGUGGACAGGGCUCCAUCACGAUCAUUUUGAUAUUCAUAUUGCCUGUGCAUGUCUAAUUCUUUGCACUCUCCUUCCCGUCCGCUCUCCGAGUCAAGGUCUUCUUCACGUGGCUCCUUGCUUUCUGUACGCGCUUCGAGCCCGUCAAUACCCCAAAACGAUACAGUGAUUGUUCGUAACCAGAUGUCGACCUUGAAGCAUUCCAUCCGACAUCAACAGGCACAGUUGCACAGCUUGGAGAAUAUCAUCUUACGUGGAUCACGUCCGCUACCACCUGGCUUUAUGGCACCCUCUCAUUCUCCACAACCCUCGUCGGAGGAUGUCUUGGAUAUAAGUCCUUGUCCUGUGUCAUACACUACGAGCUUUUCAACUCCAAAAAUGCAACGUCGCUCCAGUUUUGAUGUUUUGCAAGGCCUCGCUGGUCGCGAGUCAAAUCUUCCGCUCCCGAGGAGAGAAAGUGCGACACCAAUAUUGAAACGCGAUGGAAUCCGCGAAGGUAUACCUUUGGAUUUUAGCCCUGGACCUUCCAUGAACACCAAGCGGAUGUCUAGUCCAACGCGCACACUGAGUCGGAUACCUGUAGCUUCCGUAGGGAAUGCCCGUGCGUUAGCCGACAAUGGUCUCUCUCCAGCUCUUAACUCUCCGCCAGCAAUCUUACCGAUUGACCCCCACGCUGGCAAUAACUCAGAUAAUGUGAAUGCUUCCACUUCUGGGCUGCAAGCCCCAUCGUCUCCUAAUAGGCGUAUCUCUCUUACACCUGGGGGGACAACUAAAGUUUUGGCAGAUCUUCAGGCCGGUGUUAUAAAUGCUCGCAACGCCUUGGAGAAUACCAAGUCUCAGCUUCGUCUCUCACAGCGGACUGUUGCGCAGUUGACACGACAGACUGAGGAUUUGAAAGAAGGUCGAGAACGCCUCAGACUGGAAAAUGAAGGUCUCAACAAUGUUGUAGCGAGAAAGGAGCGGUUGUUGCAAGAGGUUCUUGAACGGGCCCGAAAAGCUGAAGCCGAGGCAGCAACCUUGAAAUCUCAGCUGAAAACGGAGACUACAACCUCUAAAAAGUCCCUUCGCGAGAUGGAAUCUGCUCUCAUGGAAUCGACAGCCCUUUCCCAGAAGGCUGAACGCGAGUACAUUACAUUACGCGAUAGCAUCAAAAGCAUGACCGAGAGUUGGAAACAUGAUACUGAUAGACUUCGUGAAGAGAUGCGGAAGCGCGAGGACAAGCUGAAAAAAGAAGCCGAAUCGAUUGGCAAGAAGUAUAAGCUUCUCGCAGAUGAGAUGAAGGAGGCGCAACGUCAGCAAGCUUCUGUGAAAGAUCUCAAAAAUGAAGACCAGAAAAUCAGGAAAGAAGUCGAAGAGGAGUUCCGUGAGGAGAUUAUCAAACUGAAGACACAGGCUGAACUUCAAUCUCAUCAAAGUGAUGAGGCAGUAGAGACUGCGAGAGCUUUGGCGAGUGAGCUGGCUCGUCUUCGCCGCUUAAUGCAGUCCGGUGCCAAGUCCCCUCCACCUUCCACCGAAAAUCCUCCCUGAUCUAGAUGUCUCUAUUGCAACUGUUCUAAGGGCCUUAUUCGCUGACAUGGACAUCCAUCUUAUGUAUAUCACGCACACGUUCAUUUACAUAUUGCAUAUCUUACACCACCCUCUAGCCUUGCUGUCAUAUACCUACCAGGACAACUUGAGAUGAUUUGUACAUGGCGCAUGAUUUUUACUCUACUGUGCGGCAGUGCCUGUAAGUGGUGGGAGUUACUCGGUUACUCAUAACCGGAGCAUAACGUCUCCGACUUACAUGCACAUGAUUACUGUAUCGAAUAUAGUGGCCGGCCC